GUGUGUAUCCAUGGAUAAAGACAUAAGUAUUCAAUGUUUACAGUUAUGAAUAGUGUAGAUUGUUUUCGUUUUUACAUUCAGUUUAAAUUCUAUUGGAAACACUGAAAACAAUGGUGGGAACAGAACCAGACGAGAAAAAGCCGUGCUCGAACUAACACAGCUAACGGAUGUUUAUAUUUAUACUUGAAAAUUUUUUUGUUCGUACAAAAAUAUUAUCAAGCUGAUAAUUCUCGAAGUGUGAGGUGACUGAAAUCUGUUAAAAAUAACACGUCGCCAACGUAUCGCACUUUUAUUUCUGUUAUCGUACGACACGGUAUAUAAACAAAACGGUCAGUAUUUUCGACGUAACAAGUCAAGUGAAACCGCGAUUUAGUAUUAAGUAAUGUGUGUUUUGGGAACAGUUGUCAAUCAAUCUUGUUACUGUUGAUGAAAUAAACAAAACAAAACGUUCAUAAUUAUCACAACAUUCAUCCGAUUCUAAGACUUACAACAUUUGAAUGAUACUUGGAUUAUGUUUCGAUAAGAGUGGAAGAUACAAAAAACACAUACUAUUUGUUUCAUGAUCACGCUUUCAAAAUGAAGUCGGUAUUAAUAUUGUUUUUGCUUUUUUCAACUACGUUUGUUGUCCACAGCAGUAAGGCUUGGUUUUUGAAGAAUAAUAUGACUUGCAAGUAUUGUCUGAAGAAAAUAUUUUUAACAAAGUUUCUUUCCAGACUUCCUCAUUUCGCCAGCGUGGUUGUAGAUGUCGACUUGAAUUACAAAAGAUGCAAAAUUGAUGAACGGUUUUUGUCUUUCUCCAUUGAUACGCUUGAAAUGAUGAGAAAGUUUCGUUGUGUUCCAUUACGCUUGGAGAAGUUUAACAAUCUGGCCAAGGCUUUGAAACCUGCAUAUUUAAGAAUUGGAGGCACUCCUCAAGAUUAUCUUACCAUUUCUACAAAAACACGUAAAGAAAACGCGGGAAAAAGUUACCGAAGCAAAAGAGACAAAAUCAGGCAAGCGAAAGAGACAUAUAAUUGCACUCCUUAUUUCGAAAAUUGGAAAAAAAUGAAGCCUUACACACUCCCCGUGUUUUAUUUUGAAGAAAUUGCGAAGUUUGCGUCAAGAAAUGGUUUGAAAUUAAUUUUUGGUUUAAAUGAAAAACAAAGAAAAUCGCAUAACAGAUGGAAUGCUAAACACGCUCGAAAAAUCAUCAGAUUUGCUGAGAGAAAUGGGUACGAAGUGGACUGGGAGUUGGGUAACGAACCAAACCGAUAUACAAAAUAUGGCGAGAAGUACGGUGUUACCGGUGAACAACUUGCGAUAGAUAUUUCAAAACUGAGAUCGCUAGUUAAAAGGAAAAGCAGUCAAGUAUUUGGUCCCGACAUUACACAACCUAAUUACAAGUCGUUGAUGUUCAUGGAAGAAUUCCUUACAAGCAGACCUCGUGUGGAUGCUAUCACUUAUCAUCAGUAUUAUAUGCAUCAAACUGCGUCAACUUUAGCGGCUUACUUAGAUCCUACCUACCUGAGUAAGCUCAAUGAACAAAUGGCUUGGCAACGGCGUCUACUUGAAGUCACAAACACAACUUCCCCCUUAUGGUUAGGGGAAACUGGGAGUUCCAGUGGUGGAGGAGCUCGUGAUCUAUCUGAUACAUACGCGUCUGGUUUUUUAUAUCUUGGCAAGUUAGGCCUUGCAUCAACACAUUGUCAUAAAGUAGUAAUUAGACAAAGUUUUUAUGGCGGAUAUUAUGGCAUGCUGGAUCCAGUUACCCAUAAUCCUUUGCCAGAUUAUUGGUCUGCUCUUAUAUUUAAGAAACUUGUCGGGGAUAGGGUGUUGGAUACAAACAGAGUGGUGGAGAGUUAUUUUCAAGUGUUUGCUUUUUGUUCCAGAGCAAGUCGGUAUGAUAUUGUAGUCAUGGCAAUUAACUUGAACCUAAACGAAACUAUCAGAUUCUCCAUUCGUGGUUUAGAGAAAAAAGAGGUUGAGGCGUAUGUCCUAACUGCGCCAGAUAACAAUCUUCAAUCAAAGAUGAUAUUAUUAAAUGGAAAUAUCCUCACUUUGACGAAAGAUAACAUUAUACCAAGUAUUAAAGGAGUUAAAGCAAAAACACCUGUAUUUCUUCCGCGAUCAAGUUACGGAUUCUUUGUGUUCAAAAACGUCAACGCUAAUGGAUGCAUGUAGCUAUAUAAACAUAUAACCGAACAACGACAACCAUGCAUUGGGAUCAUAAAAAAGGAUUUUUUGAGAAAUUUAAUAGGGAUUCAAAAUGCGUUUAAAAAUAUGACUAGAUCUUCACUUUCUAAUACAUGCAUCUUCCAAUAAA